AUGUAUAAAUUUAAGCAGAUGAGUAUAGAAGUUGCCACUCUCUCUGACUGUAAAUUUUGGUGGUACAUAAUUGCAAAGCAGUUUUUUAGCUCAGAGCUGUCUUUCAGGCAGUGCUUGAAUAUGAGAAGGCAGCAGAGGUUUCUCUGUUCUGAUGAGGAGAUUGACAGGCCAGAGUUGUUAUCAUUGGUCCAACUACAUAAUGCACAGUUUCAGUACAUUGUAACUCUUACUCAGAAAUGGUUUACUGAUUUGUUGUUUUGCAAAGAUGUGUUAAGACUUUCAUCUUUAGUUAUUCUGCUGUUGAAUAUAGCUGGUCCUUGUGGAUAUAUGUUUGGUCUAAUAUGGUCAAUCUCUGCCAGGUUUGCACAUACCAACCCGUUACAUUUGGAUGUUUUCCAAAGUGUCGUUCAUUAUGAGGCAGAAGUAGUUGCAAUGACAGCUGCACUACUUGGAAGUAAGGAAAAGGCUUCUGGAGGUCAAGUAUGUGGAAGCAUGACUUCAGGAGGCACCGAGAGUAUACUAUUGGUUGUCAAAUCUUCACGCGAUUAUAUGAGAACCAAGAAGGGAAUAAAAAAACCAGAAAUGAUUAUCCCUGUAUCUGCCCACUCAGCAUAUGACAAAGCUUCCCAGUAUUUCAACAUUAAACUUUGGCGUCUUCUUGUGAUUAGUGAACUUCAGGCUGAUGUGAAAGCUAAUAUGCGAUAUAUUAACAAAAAUACCAUCAUGGAGCUUGGCCAACUAGCGACGAGCUUUGGUGUCUGUUUCCAUGUUGAUCUUUGUCUUGGUGGCUUUGUUCUGCCUUUUGCACGGAAACUUGGGUAUUGGCUUGUAUCCAAUUCCACCCUUUAUUUCUCUGUCCAAGGAGUUACCUCAAUGUUUGUUGAUGUACACAAAUAUGGUUUGUCCCCCAAAGGAACCGUAGUACAGUUCUCUACCGAAAUCAUGAAAAUUAGGAAGUGCUUAGUCUCUGAUAUUGUGGAACUUGUUCCCUUGUCUGAGUAG